CUCAUUCUGCACAAAAGCAAAGGCUUCCUGGAGAGAAGGAAGCACAUCCAUGCCAAGUAUUCUUCUCUGAACCGGAUCAUACUCCACAUUUAGGCCUUCCAAGAACUUGAAGACCCGCUCUUUCGCCAUAAACUUCUGGUAACCAGCAGAAUCAGUAGGACAGACAUGCUUGUAAUCUUGAAGGUGAUCAAGCCAUUUUCACCCAUUGCUAAGGAAGGUAAAAUACUGAAGGAUAGUCUGCUCACCUUGUAUUGACCUUUCAAUGGAGCGACGUAACUCGAAAGCCUGUGAGAAGUUUCCCUUCCUGGAGUAAGUAGUUGCUACUGCCUCCCAAAUAUCCUAGGCAGUGUCCAUAAACAAGUAGCCCCUCUCAAUCUCAAGAACCAUAGAAUGGAUCAACCAGCCCAUAAUCAGAGAAUUGGUGAUCUCCCAUUGGUCAUAAUGAGGGUCGGUGAUACUGGAUGCCUGAACCCGCCUAUCAACAUAUCCCAUCUUCUCCUUGCUCUUCAAGAAAAUAGUCUGACUCUGCGACCACGUUAGGUAAUUCUGACCAUUGAAUAGAGAGGUGGUGAUGCUAAGGCCAGUGUGGAGGUUAUCAGUCAUAGUGGAAGGGAUAACAGAACUCUUGCCCCUGAGAUGGCUGAGAGGUAGUAGAUUCACUGGUCAAAUCCACCAUGAAGAUUCUACUAAUUAUUCCUCAAACACGAUGUUAAUCACAAAUCUAGAAGGUAAGAGUGGAGUAACAAGCACAACAGUAACUAUAAAAGCAUAAAGAAUGAAGAAUCCAAUGUGGUUUUGUUUUUGUACUAUUUUUACAUCACCAGAGUUCUGUUUUUGUUUUUUGUUUUUUUUAGUUUGCUACAGUACUGUUUGUACCUUACCAGAAGACUGUGUAUAACAUCACCAGUCCACUACAUAAGAGACGACUUCGUAUUGCAUCACCAGAGGACUUCAACCAGACCAGCAAGAAGGCACCGGGCCCCUGGGAACCCUCGGUAGUGGCUGGAGAGGCCUACUGAGGGAGAGAGAAGCUUGGGUGACAGCUGUCGAAGGGAGAGAAGGGACUGGGAGACCUGGGUGGAGGCUGUCGGUGUUAGACAAGGUUGGGAGACCUGUUUGGGGUUGUCGUCUGGUCUACAAGAGAGAGGAGAUCACCUAUAGUGAUGGGUAACAGAGAAGAAGAGUUGGCUAGGUGAUGGCUCCAAUACUAUGUAAGCUUAGAGAAGAGAAAGAGUUAGGGAAUGAGUUAGACUUCAUUCCCUUUUAUAUUAAUAAUACUAAGUAAUUACAAGAGUGCCAUUAGGCACAAUAUAUGGGCCAACCCAUUACACCAAUCAAGGGAAUAAAUAAGAAGAAAAUACAAUCACUUAUUUCCUAUUCUAACAACUCUAUCUCUAUAGCUUUUUUUUCUUUCUUUUUUUUUUUUGUGUAUGUGUGUGUGUUUAGAUCUAUAUUUGAAGACCUACAAGAACCUUCCAAUAACCUUUGCAAUUUUUCAGAUCUCUCUUUUACCUAUAUAGUUAUUUUUUUUUCAAAUCUAUAUGAUGAAUUUUUUUUUCCUUCAAAUAUGUUGUUGAUCUUUCGGGAUCAUACAAUACAUAGUGACCAAAGUCAGAUCUGCAAUUGUGAACAUGGUUUCUUUCCUCUUCUCUUUUGCUUGUUAAAAGUAGGUCGGUUUCAUCUGAUCCGACAACCAAACUAAUCAAACCGAGUUUUGCGGUUUUGAACCAUACAUUGGUCGGAAACGGGUGGGUUUUUUCCAAUCCAAGCUAAUUGGGUCCGGUGAUGGGUUGUUGAUGAAACCGAGCUAACUCGACCCCGUGAACACCCCUAGUUGCUUAGUUGGAGAACCGCUUGCCCUAGUUGAGGGAGGCCCGAGUUUGAGUGUCACCUGGAGGGGGGCACAUUUGUUUAGAGAAUGAGUGUGGUUGUGCUUCGUGCGGCUAUCCCCAAAUGCUCAAGUUUGAGGCUAGCCUUGACAAGCUGCAAACAGUGAUAUCUGGUUGCUCUAGGUGUCUCUUUCGGAGUCUGACACAUGGAAUAGGGGAACUGACGUUGCAAUGUGGGUAAGCCACGUGGAUGGUGUAACCAUGUACCUAAACCUUGCAUAAUUUUUUUUAUUUAUUUAUAAUUUUAUAAAGGCAAAUGCUAACAAUUGCCCCCUAUAUAUUGUUUAGUGUUGGGAAGUGUGUAUAAAGUGUUUUGAAAAUAUGUAAAAAUAUUAAAAAGUGUAUUGAUUUUAGUAAAAGUGUAUUGAAUUUAGUAAAAAGUGUUGUAUUCUUCAAAAAAAAGUUUCAUUUACUUGUGCCCUUAGGGCACUUGUUAGCAAGACCUUUUUAUAAAAAGUAUAUUAAAAUGACUUCUUAAAGAUACGUUUAUUUUUUUUAUUUUAUUUUUUUAAUAUUAUUUUAUGGGGGGCUUACUUUCUAUUCAUGAUUGCCGAAAUUGAUUUUGGAGCUCUUCAAGGGGUCAGUUGGUGCAACAGAAACUGAUAGUUGUUCUUCUACUGGUUCACAUUAUGUAAGGUUGUAUUUUUCCUUUCUUGUUUAUGUCCACACAGUCAAACUUAGCAGGUUUCUCAACACAUUUAUUUUGAUAAGCAUAAUUUUGAGCAAUACCAACAUUUAAGUUUAAAAUAAAUUAACUUGACCUUCUCUUUUUCAGAUGGAAUUUAUCAUUGAGACCUCUUCAUAAUUCCUCUCAACUUUUGGUCAUGGUCGCUAUUUCAAAAGGUUUUUGAGGCUUUGCUUUCGUGGAUCAUUCUGAGAUUCAUUUCCUAUGACAUUCAAUUUCCCAAUAUAGUUGCAUCAACCAGCUUCAACGUUAUUUAGUGCUAAAAAAAUGAGUGCCUAUAGUACAUUGGAGCUCACUCUCAGCGAAAUUCUUCGUGUGGUCAAUCCCUUGAGAGACGAUCGGUUGGCACGACAUCAAAUCAUUAACGAGCUUCGAGUUGUUGUUCAAUCUGUGGAAAGUCUUAGAG